GAUUCAGAUUAGAAAAAAAUACUCUCAUUUGUAGCUGUUAUAUUCUCUAGAGGGAAAUUCGGAAGCUAGAGGGAGAUUCGGAAGUAUACGGGGAGCUAGACGGAAAUCUUUUUGGAGUGCUAUUAUUUUUUUACGAGGACUACAAGAGCAAUGACGACAAUCGAUCUGUCGUUUUUGAUAUGGUGCGACGGUAGCAUUGUACACUCCCCCCGUGGAGUAGAAUAUUUUGGUGGUCGUUAUGUGCAUGCGCCGUUGAGUGAAAGGAUGAAUUUCCAAGAGUUGGUGAAUAUUUGUAGAACGGCAGUAUCAACUACUAUGCGCCUUGUGGACAUCACCAAGAUAUAUUUUCGGGUACCUCAUGUUCAAGGAAAUCAAAUACAUUCGUACUCGUUGUUCGAUGUGCAGUGCGACCAACACGUAUUUGCUAUUCUGGGCGAGGCAGCUCGGCUUCCGACAUUAAAAAUUUUGGAGUUCUACGUGGAGUACCUUACUUCGACUUCUAAUGAUAUUCCACUGGAUCAGCUGGAUUUAGUCGGUUCUAGUGAGUCGGAAAGGGAAAGUGAGAAAGAGGAAGAAGAGCACCACUACGAGAAAACUAAUACCUGGAAAUAUGACGGGUCAGACACGUGUGAUAUGCUGGUGGCAGCUCCUCACCACCAGAAUUUUGGGAUUAAUCAAAUCGCCAGUUUUAUCAGGACUCAAGUCUUGGGGCAGCAUGAUAUAAGGAUCAAGACGCUGAUUGCAGGAAUUUUUGAAACAUUUGGAGUGACCCUUCCAUAUAAAAGAACCUGGUAUGGCAAAGAGAGGGAAAUCUGUAACGUCUACGGGGACUGGGAAUAUAACUACACACAACUCACAAAGUUCAUGGAUAACUUGGUUCUCGUGAAUCCUGGAUCCUUCUGGCAUGCCGAAGGCCCCCGAUCUGAGUGCGACGGGAUUGAAUGUCGAAUUUUUAAAAGAAUGUUCUGGACGUUCUUCCCAAUGGUGGACGGAUUUCGGUUUUGCAAGCCAGUUCUAUUCGUCGAUGGGACCCAUUUAUAUGGUAAAUACAAAAUGCACAUGUUGAUAGCGUCAGCGAUAGAUGGCAACAACCACAUAAUGCCGGUGGCGUUUGCACUAGUUGGAUCCAAAACCACUGCCAGUUAUGAAUAUUUCUUGGGUCAUCUGCAAGAGCAAGUUAUUCGCGAUCGAAAGGUGGCCAUUGUUUCUGAUCGCGUUGGCGGAAUAAUUUCAGUUUUGAAGCGUCCGGAAUGGGACGGGGUUGAUCAUUUUUUCUGCAUGAGGCAUUUAAUGGCUAAUUUCCACACGUUAAUUGAAAAUAAGGAUUUGAAGAAGCUGGCUGAGAAAGCAGGGCGAGCCUUUCAAGAGAAGAAGUACACCCGAUACAUGGACAUCAUAAAAAAUAGAUCGGCAGCAGGGUAUGCUUAUUUGACCAAUGAGGAACAUCUGAAGAAAGAACAGUGGACUAUGUCGGGUGACAUAAAGGGGAAACGGAACGGUGUAAUGACAACGAACUACGCCGUGUCCGUUAAUGCGACGCUGAAGAAUAUAAGAGGGCUGCCAAUCACAGCGAUGCUAGAGGCUAUCUUUGACAAGCUUGUCGAUAUGUUCGCCAAGCGCUGGGAAAUGUAUAAAGGGCUAAUCGCCCGAGGCGUUCAGUUCACUCCGAUCUGCUUCGGGCUUAUGAAAAAGGCGGGGGACAAGUCCCGCACCCAUUCAUGCCAGAAGUAUAACCCAAACAGCAUGACUUGCAAAGUGAUCACUAGGAAGGACCACCUGCGCGAGAAGGGAGGAAAUACCCAAAAGGUUAACCUUCGAAAAAGGACGUGCACGUGCGGUAAAUUUCAACAACGUAAGCUACCCUGCUCCCAUGCCAUGGCAGUCAUUUACCAAGAAAAGUUGAACCCUCACGACUUCAUCGGGUGGCGCUACCAAACCAAGAUGGCCAUCCAAGCCUGGGAUUCUCAGUUUAUUCCGUUAUGUGACCGCGAGUACUGGAUUGGUUCUCAGGAGGUUCCCUUUAUUCCAGACGUUGACCAGAUCAGAAAGAAUGGAUGACCGAUAAACAAACAUGAACCAGGCUUAUACCGUAGCCCUAACUUUUGCAGUAAAUGUAGUAUCGCCGGCCACAAUGCCCGAACUUGUACCGAUAAUAGUAGAGAUAUGUGAUGUUACUUUAAUUAGUACAUCGUAUUGUUUAAUAUUCAUGUAUGAGUUCCGCAAGACGUUGUAGAAAUUCUUCGACAUUACAGGUUGUGCAAAAAUAUGAGGUCCCUUUUGUGAA